AUGUUUCGGCGCCUACUCUCCGCCCCGCGCCUUGGCGCCUGUGGAUAUCCCUCGGCCGCCGGGCGUGCUCGGCGGGACUCCACACAGAAACCGCCUGCCGAGCCCCGGGGCAGCGAGCGUUACCCGCGCCGCCCGCCGGCCCCGGCGUCCCGCCCUCCCGGCUGGGCGCAGCUCGUAGGGCUCCAGCGGGAAACCGCAAUUACCCACGGACACCCCACCCUCCGCGUUCCGGCUGCGCAGCGCCGAGCGCCACGUGCGCCGAACGGACGCCGCCCCGGGCCUGGGUCCCCGCUGCCCCAGGCGCCGGAAAGAGCCUUCGUGCCUCCGCCCCGGGCGCGCGCAGCCGCCGCCUCUAGCCCGCCGCGCCCCUGCCGCCGCCCGCCGGCACCUGCACCCGCCUCUCCCGCUUGCCUUCCAUCCGUGCGUAGAAAUACCACCAACUUAAAAAAAAUUUUUUUUGUUUUUUCAGAGAUGUGCACGAAAAAGACGAGGGAGAUUCGACCAUCCGAGGGUCAAGACACAGAAAUUCGAACUGGCCCAGAGCGACCUUACUUGGCGCAAAGAAUUAUUUACCGAACGAGCGAGGGUGUGCGGAUACGGGAGCUACUCUUAAAAGACAGAGUGAUGAACAGCUGCACCUGA